AUGAAUCGAGAUUUUUCCCACAUAGCAGUAGUUCGUAUGUCCCAUAAAAAACUUUUAAAAUGUCAACGUUCCAAAAAACAAAAGAUUAAACAGCGUUUUUAUUUCAAUCGAUCAAAACGACGAUAUUCAAAAAAAAUUCAAUCUAGUAUUAUACAUCAAUUAAGUUCGAAUAGUAUUUGUUUUUCUAAUGCAUCAAAACGUCAUCAUUCAGUAUUAUCAUCGAAUACGAGUCAGACGAUCAUCAAUCGAAAACAAAAUAAUAUUGAUAAUGAAAUACAAGAAAAUGGAAUCUCUAUACGAACAAAAAAAGAAAAAAAUCAAUCGAGUUUAUCUAAUCCUGUUCAAGAUUGUCUUCCUAUUAAUUCAAUUAUCAAUUCAACAACAUAUUUUGAUAUGUCUAAUACUCAUCGAUUCUUAAGUCGUAAUCAUCAAAUAAAUCCUAUUAACAGUGAAGAUUUGUUUAAAGAUGAUUUUAUAAUAAAUAUUGAUGAAAGGAAUCGAAGAAAAAAGAAGAAAAAGAAAUUUAAUUUAUCACCUUGUAAACUUUGUUUAUGUAUCCUUGUUUUAUUCUUAAUUAUUGGAUGUAUUAUUGGUGCAAUUGUAUAUGGAGUUAGUCGAUCGAAAAAUUCAACAGAUGCAGUUGUAACAACCACUCAAAAUUCUGUAUGUACAACGGGUGGUAUUACGUGUCCAACACCGUUGUUUUCUUGGAAUAGAACAAAUAACUGUACCAAGUCAUCAUCAUCAUAUGUUUAUUAUACGUGUUGUUAUCAAGCAGUAUCAACUCAGUUGACAAUUCGAUUUAAACUUCAAGAAGAAGUUACUCAUUGGUAUAUUGAUGAUGUUAGCAUGAUACAGGGUAAUGGUGAACUUAUAAUUAAUGGUGGUUUUGAAUCGAAUUUAACCGGAUGGACAAUAAUACGUUCAACAAAUCUUUCAGUAACAUCGUAUGCAGAUAUUGCACCAGGUGCAGCACAUUCUGGAUCAGCGUAUCUUUAUUCAGCAGCAAUAUCCACGCCCGAUUAUAUAAAACAAACUGUUAAUGUUAUUCAAGGUCAAAAUGUGAAUAUUAGUUUCUGGUGGUUUGAUGAAGGUGGUGUUGGUGGUUCAUUCGAUAUAUGUGAAGGAACUGUAACACUUAUUCCUUAA